AUGUGGAUUAUGUUAGCAAUCAGACAUGUACCCAAAACCUUCGCGAGAUACAAAAAUAGUCGCUGCAACAUUAUUUUUACAAUAAUCGAUCACUCAUGCCCCUGCCGGUUUUCGGUGACAUUGGUUGACGAUAUCGUUUGUUUUCUGGAAGAAUUUGCGCCUGAAAGCCCUUUCUUGGGAAAUUAUUCUGCUGUUUUUGAGGAAGCCUUAUGUACCCUCAGCAAAAGAGAGAAAUUAAAUUUUGGUGGUUUCAUCGUGCCUCCAGUGGAGGACUGCUUGAGAUGUGGAUCCAUUUUGUCAGCUCCAAAUCCUCCGAGCAGUUGUACUUUGUAUACAAUCACUGGUCCGAAACAGUGCGCGAAACUGGUACUUCGAUGUAAGGACUGCAAAGUCUCGUAUGGUCGCUCAAUGAUAGCUGAAGGCAAAGGAAACGCUUCCUACUAUUUUGAGGCUAUAGCCGCUGCUGAUGAUCUUAUUGAAGUGACCAAUGUUGUAUACAUGGAAAAAAGAUUAUACAGAUGGCUACCGUCCCUUAUGUAAGUAAUUAAAAUAUAGAUAUUAAAUAUAUACGGUAUUGGUAUAGACAUAGUAAAUUCAGUUUAAUUUCUUUGUAUGACGUCUGAUGACCACUCUCGAAGUUUGUUCAACUUGCGGUCAAAGAAAUUACAUUUAUUGCCUGCAUGCAUGGAUCUCAGCAAUGUUAAACGCAAGUUAUAUGACCUAUUUUCUUUUUGCAGGAAUCAUUGUUUUGUUUCAUUUGAGGGAUUUUCAGUGUCCUAUAAUGAGUUGUUCAGUCGCGAAAAUAGAAAAAAUUUUGAAUCGGGUAAUUUCAUUGACAUUCUUGGACUUAUUACUAUUAGUUCAUUUCUUCGAAUAUAUAAAAAUACUUUAAUAUAGUUUAUAAUAACAUGAAUCGCAUUUAGAUGUUACAGGAGAUCAAAAUGACGACAAGCAUCAAAAUUUUGUCCCCAGUUUCUCAGAUGGUAAGCAACUAAUGUAUCUAUAAUUUUCAAUAUGGUUGUCACUUGUCAUGUAAAAGAGCAAGAAUUCCUUGACCUUGUUAUUGUUAUCAUAUUAUAAAGCUUUCUAUUAUAAAGUGUCUCGAAUUCAUGUUUUUAUAAUACUGAUAAAACCUGUAGUUGGCUUGAACAUUUUUAGACCAUUAGUUAUGCAUGUUUAAAAAUUUCUUCAUGCAACUUUUAAAAUUUGUCCUAAACCUAAAUUAAACGUUUUAAAGAGUAAAAAAAUAAACUAUGUAUGUCCGUUUGUCUAGCUUUUAAAUUGCGGAAUUGAAAUAAACUGUAGAUGCUGUUAACUAACCAUAUAAUUAACUAAAUUUCAACGUAUUCAAAUAAUUCAGUGUCCAGUGAGCGCAAGGUUGUUAUACGUUUACUUAUAGUUAUCUGGUUUCACACAAAAGUAGAAACUGGACCUAUGGCUAUGAAGAUAAAAUUAUUAAAAUAUAUAUUGCAAUGAACCUUGUAGAAUUGGAUGAUGACAACGACGAGGAACCUGUGCACGAUACAUCAGGUAAAUUACAGAUAACAAUGACAUUACUAAGACUAAUUAAGUAA